ACACGAAGAUUUGCAGUCGUUCCGAAUGGAGGUUAUCGGUCGGUCGGACGGUAACUUUACUUAUAAUCUUCUAACAAUCGAAACAGAUGAGAGUAGCGGAGAAUCUGGACCUAUUUAUGCCAUAGUUCUACAAAGUUUUGCCAUGCUCACUGUUAUCUUAUUGGCGAUAAUUGGCAAUAUACUAGUCAUAGUAGCCGUGCUAAAAUUUGAAAGAUUAAAGACUGUCGCCAAUUCUUUUAUUGUCUCGUUAGCUUUCGCCGAUCUUCUAGUAGCCGUUUUCGUCAUGCCGUUCAACGCCUCUCAAGUAAUAGCCGGAAAGUGGAUAUUCGGACGUGUAGUGUGCGAUAUUUUCAACGGAAACGAUGUUCUCUUCUCAACUGCUUCAAUUUUACAUUUGUGUUGUAUAUCAAUGGAUAGAUACAUUGCCAUAACGGAUCCUUUCCAUUACGAAUCAAAAAUGACUAAGAGGAGAGUAGGACUAAUGCUCAGUUGUGUUUGGACCGCAGCCGUCCUUAUAUCUCAUGGCCCUGUGCAGUUAGGCUGGUAUACAACAGUCGAAGAACGUUUGAACUGGAACAAUCGAACAGACGAGUGCAAUUUUGUAGCGAAUAAGGCCUAUUGCGCCGUCUCAUCUUCCAUCUCAUUUUGGAUACCGUCCGUAAUUAUGCUUUUCGUUUACGCCAAAAUUUACAAGGAAGCUAGGAGACAAGAGAAAAAUAUCCAUUCAUUAACUUUUCAAAAUGGAGGAGGUUCACCUUCGUCAAGGCAGGAACAAAAGAGGAUGAAAAAAGAGCACAAGGCUGCCAAGACUCUAGGUCUCAUUAUGGGCGCUUUUUUAGCCUGUUGGGUACCCUUUUUCCUUUGGUACGUAUCCUCGACCAUGUGCGAUACUUGUCAUACUCCUCAAAUUGUGGUCGCUAUCCUCUUUUGGGUAGGCUACUUUAAUUCCGCCCUUAAUCCUCUCAUCUACGCUUUCUUCAAUCGGGAUUUUCGACUCGCCUUCAUCCGAUUGCUUCGAAUAAAAGUGGCGCGACCCAACAGACGUUUACCCAGAUUUACUUGCUGUUGCUGCUGCUGCCCUGGACGAGGUAUAGUCGGAAGACGACCUAGUGAAAUGGACUCUUUAUACGAAUUAAGGACGGUAGGGCAACGAUUAAGCGUCCACUCGUUAGACGCCUAA